AUGGACGGGAGACCUUCUCCAACUUCUGCAUCUGGCCAAACUCCUCUUACCAAAAUCACUCGUGGCCAUUCCUGUCUCUUGUGUCAACAGAGGAAAGUAAAAUGCGACAGACAAAAGCCUUGCUCCAAUUGCAUCAAAGCCCAAGCCAAAUGUGUAGCCAGUACGCCUAGUCUUCCAAGGCGCCGGAAGAGGAAGCUCACCGAGAUUGAUCUUGCUGCAAAACUUCGAAAGUACGAACACUUAUUGAAAAGUCAUGGCGUCAAUAUUGAUGAGGACAUUCCUGAGGAAUUCGAAACCGAUGAACCCCUUCCCCAAAACAAGUCACCCGACCAUCAUGAGUUUCAAUUGCUCAGUAUGAAUGUCCCUAGUCCUCGAACAUCUGAAAGAGAUGGAGGUUCACUGUUUACGAAUAAAGGCAAUUCGCAUUACGUUGAUAAUCCUUUCUGGCAGGGUAUUCAUAAAGAUGACUUCCAGUAUCCAAAGGAUGCUCUUCAAGCCGGCUCCUCAGAUGACGAAUCCAAUGAUGGCGCGCCCUACCCUCAUGCUGAGAGUCUGCUAGUUGGUCAUACAUCAACAGGCUCGAAGAAGUUGACAUCCAUGCAUCCUCCACCCGUCCAUAUUUUCCGGCUAUGGCAGACCUUUCUCGUCCACGUUAAUCCUCUCGUCAAAAUAUUUCACGCACCGACAGUGCAGCAGAUGAUCCUUGAUGCAAGUGGAAAUCUGGAAACGGUGUCUCGAUCGACUGAGGCUCUGAUGUUCUCCAUUUACUUUCUUGCUGUCGUGGCACUGGACAAUGCAGAUUGCCAGAGCAUGUUUAAUGAGACUCGCCAAGUGCUAGUCGCUAAGUAUUGCAACGGAACGCAACAGGCUUUGAUAAAUGCGAAAUUUCUCAAGUCGCUGAAUAUUUCGACACUUCACGCAUUCAUAAUCUACUUGCAUGGAGUUCGCAAGAACUUGGAUCAUCACUCAAUUUCCGUUCUCACUGGGGUUGCGGUUCGAAUUGCCCAGAGACUUGGGCUGCAUCGAGAUAGUUCGAAAUAUAAGGUUUCGCCUUUUGAUGCAGAGAUCAGGCGGCGUACAUGGUGGCAAGUAGUUUUCCUAGAUGGCCAUGCCUCAAAACUAGCCGGAUUUGGUUUCCAAGUAUGGAAUUUCCCCUUUGAUACCCAAGUGCCGUUGAAUAUCUCCGACAGCGAUUUGAGCCCAACUAUGAAAGAACCACCGAAGGAAAAAGAAGGGGCUACGGAGAUGAUGUUCUGUUGCCUUCGAUUCGACGUUGCCGUUGCCAUCAGGAAAGCAGGUACGAGGACAGGAAUAUCCGUAGAGGAUGGCGAAAUCGGAUGGACUAAGCCCCAUGGUCCUCAGCAUCUCCAAGCGAAAGACAAAGCUAUCAACGAUCUAGAGGCUCAUUUUGAACGAAAGUACACGAGAUACUGUGAUGCAUCGAUUCCUUUGCAUCUUCUGGUUAUGCAUGUAGCAAAAUCUGUCAUUUGCACUAUGAGAAUCAUGGCACAUCAUCCGCGACAAUAUCCUGAUAAAGGAGCGAGUAUGCCACAGGCUGAGAAGGAUUUUGUCUUUAAGGAAGGCUUAAAGGAAUUAGAAAUCGAUGGGCUUGGUCAAAAUUCCAAAGAGAUUGAGGGGUUUCGCUGGCACAUUCAGCACUAUUUUCAAUUGUCUGCUUUUAUUUACAUACUCGGCGAGCUCCGACAUCGACUUACGGGUGAUUUAGUAGAAAGGUCAUGGCAACAGGUCGAAAUUGCCUACGAAUAUCGGCCUCAUAUGAUCACUGAUACCAAGAAUGCGCUCUAUUAUGCUAUUGGAAACUUGACCCUCAAGGCCUGGCGAAGAAGGGAGGAAUCUGGUGUUCUUAGUCACAGAAGACAUGGGAACUCAACUCCGCGAUAUAUUACUUUGCUACGCGCUCAACGGAAUGUUCUGGAUUUACCACAGCCAGCUGCUGUAUUUCAGAACCAGGAAUCAUACUUGAGAUCGAAUCAAAUGCCAGACUUUACUAGCAAUCUUCCACCGAUGAAUAACACGUACCAAAACACGAGAGACGACUGGGAAAUAUCCGAUCUUUCUUACGACAAUACAAUGCCCGAAAUCACUCCAGUUGAUUGGGAAUACUGGAACACACUCAUGGAUGGCGAGCUCCCGGCAUACACCGGCAAUGGCUAUGAAAUUGAGUACAAUUAA